UGAGCACAAAACCAACAAUAAAUUUUAAAGUAGAAACAACGUUUUUUUAAUUUGCAGAACAUGUUUCGAUUGUUGAAAGUUCGUUUCUUUAAGGAAAACACAAAAUACCUGUGCUAAUGGAAACAACUAAGUUUCUACAAUGUUUUUUCGUUAUAUAUAAUCCUUCUUUUAUUUUAGAUGAUUUUCAGAAUUAAUUAAAGGAAGAUGUUCUUGGCAUUAAUGUAUAAAUGGAGAAAAAAAAAUUCAUUUCCCUAAACUUUUUACCAAGUCGGUUGAAGAGAUCUUUGAUGAAGUUUCAAAGAGAUGGUAUUAGAUAUGGCAUAGAGAAAGAAGGGAGAUGCUUGAUUGGUGAUGAGAUGGGGUUGGGCAAAACCUUACAAGCUAUUGGAAUUGCAUACUACUUCAAAGCAAGUUGGCCACUACUUAUAAUUGUGCCAUCUUCAAUGAAAUUUAGUUGGGUUAAUGAACUUGAAGAAUGGCUACCUGACAUUGAACCUGGAGAUGUAAAUGUUAUUAGAAGCUUGUCCUGUAUUGGUUCGAUGAUGAAUUCUCGCAUAAAUAUUAUAAGUUAUGGUUUGUUAAGUUUCCAACGAACUCAAACAAAUUCUCUUGCCGAUCUAAUCCAAAAGGCAGACAUGGGUGUCGCCAUUAUUGAUGAAUCUCACUACAUGAAGGGUUUCAAAGCAAUUCGCACAAAAGAAAUUUUAAAGUCUGUAAAGAAAAUUCCCCAUGUAAUCUUGUUGUCAGGGACACCUUCUCUUUCAAGACCAGUAGAAUUGUAUCCACAGAUAUCUUUAAUUAGACCAGGCUUGUUUGGUAGUUUUCAAGAAUUUGGUAGAAGAUAUUGUGCUGGCCAUUACACAACUGAGAGAGGAAGAGAUGGUAAAUUUUACCAGAAAUUUGAUACAAGAGGUGCGUCAAACUUGGACGAGCUUCAUCGUAAGCUGGUUGAGAAUAUCAUGGUCAGACGACUUAAAAAAAAUGUUUUGACACAACUCCCAGCUAAACGACGACAAAAGAUAAUGUUCGAGAUACCACAUUCAUCUUGCUAUAAAAAGGAACUAGACUUGUGUCAGAAAGAACUUAAAAAUGUUUUGCAGAAACUUUCAAACGAGCAGCUGGAUGAUGACAAGCUAGUUACUUCCAUGGACUAUCGUUCCACGUUCACAAAGUUAUUCACAGCAACUUCACUUGCUAAGGCUGGUCCGGUGCAGCAGUACAUAAUCGACCUGUUGGAUGGGAUGGAAAAUAAAUUCAUUGUAUUUUGUUAUCACUUGACAAUGGUUCAAGCUGUGCGUCAAACUUUGAUUAGCAAAAAAGUGAAACAUAUCUCCAUCACAGGGGAGGUAAACUCCAUGCAACGUGGAAUUGAUGCGGAAAUCUUUCAAACAGAUCCUCUAUGUCGAGUUGCAGUGUUGAGCAUACAAGCAGCAGGGACAGGGUUGACAUUGACAGCAGCUGAUCAUGUUAUUUUUACUGAAUUACACUACACUCCAGGUGUUCUCAUACAAGCAGAAGACAGAUGUCAUCGUAUCGGACAAACCAACGCUGUCCAGAUCCAUUAUUUAAUUGCUAUGGACAGCAUCGAUGAAAUAUUGUGGGCCUGUCUGCAACGUAAGAUCGUUGUGACGACUGCAACACUCAAUGGAAAAAUAUCCAAUCUGCCAGUUGAUAGCGAAGAUAAAAACUCUCUUCUUUCUGCUGUUGAAGCAUGGAUCCCUGUAGCUAUCGAAAAAGAUGUGGUGGAUAAUUUAUUUGAGAAGAAACCAGAACAUAAAGAUAUUCGUACAUUUUUCACUCCUGGAGGUGAAAAAAGAUUAAAAAAGAGAAAAAAAAUACAAAGUAUUGUUUUGAUGGAUGAAGAUGACCAUGACAACGAUUUCCAACCAGUUAGAAAGAAAACAAAACAAGUCGUCACCACAGUCGAACCAGACAAACCCAAUGAUAAGGCUGCACCCACCCUCAGAGUUGAUAGUUCUGUAGCAGACUAUGCGAACGUUUCAAUCGCGGGUUCUACGAUGUCCUGUUGCGAUAAAAUUAUAAAAAAAUUAACGAUUUUUAAUAAAGUAGAGGAGCAAAAAAAUGGAAAUAGAGCUAAAAAAGAAGACAUUUGUUUCAGUGAUACAGGAACUUUAUUAAAGAAGAAACAGAAAGAAUGGUCGCUUGAUUGCCAAGCUGGAUCUAACUCAGACACACCAGUUUGUAUUGAUAGUGACGAUGAAGAGGAUAAAAGGCGUUGUGAAGGAUGUGAAGAGAAUACGCCUAUCGUGUUUUCUGAAAAUUCGAAUUCAUGUGACACUAAUGUAGACUUGCUUCCAUAUAAACACCCGCCACGCAAUUACCUUACACAGUGCACUCCAUCGCAGGGUAUUGAUAACGUCAUACCAUCCCCUCCGAUGAAGGACGUUCUGAGUGAUGACGAUUUGUUUGUUGUGGAUGAUGAAGAGAGAGAAGACAUAUCUGGUCCUGAAAUUAAUUCUGAGAACUCUCUUCACGGAAACAGUCAAGUUAAAGACAAAAAUAGACUGAUGAUACAGGAUAAUGUCAUUGAAUGGAAUUGUUCUCAAUGCACUUAUUUGAAUGAUCAGUUUCUUACUGUUUGUGAGAUGUGUGGUAAUGGAAAGAUUGAGGAAUUAAAUGACAGUGUUAAGAUGGACAGUCCCGAUCGAAAUGUUGAUAUCGAUUCUUUUUCUUCAUCUGAUGGUGACAACGAAAAACUCAUGCCAUCGUCUGAUUUGAGCAAGCAAGACGAUGUUUUUAACUCGUCAAUUCAGUCAUUUAACAGUGAAAUUCUUGUCGAUGAUGAUGACGAAGAAUUCGAGGGAGCUUUGUGUCUUUUAAACGAAAACGAGUUAACUGAUGAGCCAAAAUCAUCUCAAGACGAUAAAUCGAUUUCGGAGGAGAAGAGCACCCCUGGUUUUAACUUUCUCGGCAAAGAUGAUUUUGAUUUUUCUGAUGACGCUAUUAAUCAAGACAUCUUAUCGCUACAGGAGAACAAGCUGGGGGAGGGUGGCAACGAAGAGGAAGAAUGCGACAUGUAUAAAAGUGAGGAGGAGCAGGAGAAAGAAAAAAAGCUCGUUCCUGAAGAUAUUAGAAAAAUUAAUUUGCGUUAUUGCAUGAGUGUUUAUACAAAACGAGUCUUCGUCUACGAUGAGACAGGAAAGUACUUGCAGAUGAGUUUUAACGUUGAAAGCAUCAACAUGAAGUUGUUUGAGGACUUGCCUCCUUUGUUGCAACAUGUGGAAAAUUUAAAGCAGAUCAAACGUUUUGCAUCCCUGUGGAAAGAAUUAGGUCCUCGUAAACAAAGCCUGGUGCAAAAAGUGAGAAAGGUGUUUUGCAGCCCUGUUGAAAUGUACAAAGAAGCUUACGAAGAUGCUUACGGAAGAAAGAAGAAAACUUACGAGCGAUAUAUCAGUAAGGAUGAGGAGGAUGUACACGUGAAAAAUGCUGCUGACUCAGCAGGAGGGAAGGUCAUCAAGCUUAAACCACCAUCAACCAAAAGGACUGGAAAACAAGAGAAACCUAAGACUAAAAAUGGCGACAAAGAUGCGAAUAUGUUACAAGCAGUUGAUAAAGAAGGCUUUGCUCUGUGUUUGUACUGUUCUUCACGCGUGCCAGGUAUUCAAUCUGGUGCUAGAGAGGGAAGAUACUGCUCACAAAGAUGCAUGGAGGAACACAAAAUCAGACGAAGAGCGCGCGACUAUGGUCCGCGUGAGCUUCUGUACGAAGUGGAACAAGGUAUUUGUCAAAUAUGUGCUAUCGAUGCGCAUGCGCUAUUUGAACAGGUAACAUCUGCAAAUCCAGAGGCGAGAAAAAGUGUAUUAGAAAGCACACCAUUUGUGAAGUUACCAAUUAAUAUAUUGAAUCGUAUGGUGAAAAAUCCGAAACCCGGUCUGUUUUGGGAAGCGGAUCACAUCACACCUGUGGUGGAGGGUGGAGGACAAUGUGGCUUAGAAAACUAUCGAACACUUUGCGUGCCAUGCCAUCGAGACGUCACGAAGAAAUUAAGAAAGAAAAUGGCGAGUCAUAAAAAAGAAAGAGCAUGUGCUAGUGUGACAGAAUUUUUUAGUUUAAAAAGUUCGUAGAUGUUUAUAACGAAUCAGAUUUUUUUUUUACCGGACUUUUUCGUUUUUUAUCGUUUCGAUACAUAUUUGCUUCUUAAGUUCCACCUAAAGAAAGAAAAGAAGACGAGAUGUCGUUAUUUUUUUCAUUAGUUUUACAUAAGAAUAAUCACAACUUCGAUUACAUUCAAAUAGGACACGCCAAAUUUUCAUGUCAACAUUUGUUUUUAUUUUGUUUUUUAAGUGUACAGUGUAAAUUAUAUUUGGAAAGAAGAUUUUAGGAUUUCUUGCA